AUGCAUGGGCUCGGCAGGAGGACUCGGUCCAAGACCGGUUGUCGCACGUGUAGAAUCCGCAAGGUCAAAUGCGACGAAGAGAAACUAUUCGUUCCUGGCCAGCAGGAGCCACAGUGCCGGCGCUGCACUGCGGCCCGGAUCGUAUGUGAGUGGAAGGGCGGCCCCAUCCCCCGGGGUCCAGCUAAAAGGCCCGGAAGAGACACUCGCCCGCUGGAAGCGCAGAUGGUCUGUCAGCCUGUCCCGUCUCCUGCGCGUUCUUUAUCGCCCACUGGUGGUGCUGGGAACAGCAUCCAAGCGGCCAAUUCCCUGGUUAUAUCGGACUUUGAUCGCUCGUGCCUGAAUUAUCUUCAGGAUUCUGCGCUGGUCGUGAUCCUUGGUAAGCAUUGGCCGUGGUCUACCGUGUCUUAUGCAUACCAUAAAAUUGCAGUUAAAGAACCCAUGGUUAUGAGCAUGAUGUUGGCGACUACGUCGAGUGAGAUUAACCGGUCGCGUUUGUACGACCGGGACAAGACGGACGGACAAUGUACCAUUGAGAGUUUGUCCGACAUGGACAGUAGGUUGCACUAUGGCCGGGCUCUCUCUGGUCUUCGGGAAGCGCUGAAACCAGACGUCAAGUCCCCGGCGCAGAUCGAAGCCAUCUUCAUUACCUUGUGGAUGAUGAUUGAUUAUGAGAACCGAUUCGGCAGCGGGACUGCUGGAAUUAAUAUUCACAUCCGCGGAAUCGAAAGUCUACUCUUCAACCAUGUCGUCCCGUCACUCAAACAAUUAGAGCCUCCAAAUGUCGCAAAUGCAGAGACAAGUUCGCCGACCGCACUAUGUAAUGUCGCAGAUGAGGCCCAGAGCAUGAGCGCAUGCGACAGCCCUGUGCUGCAACAGACUGCGGAUUUGUCCAAAGACAGACUUCGACAUACAGCGGUCCCUCUUUUUCUGCUUUGGACUCUGUACUUUUUCACACCAGGCGCUUUGCUCUCUGGCCCAGGUGCUGCCAGGCUCGAUGCCGACCUGUUCCGGUUUUUCAUGCAAGACGAAGCAGGAAGUGCGGGAUUGAGUCUUUCUGAGCUGUAUAGGAUUGGCAGACAAUCCCCGUCUCGAUUCUGGGGGGAUUCCUACCCCACCACAGCCCAAUUGGAUGAUAUGGAGAAUAUGCCGGGGCUAUCAUUGUAUCAUCGAAGUCAUGUACUGCAAUUCAAGAUCACGGAGUUAUUUCGGCAAGGAAAUCCUUCAAUUAAGUCCGGCCUUGAGAUCAUUAGUGAGCUCAACGUGUUAUCUGAUGAAUUCGAUACCUUGUUGAGUUCCGCCAAGUCUGCGCCCUCGUGUGAAGUCGUGGGUGACGGACGUCGCGUGAUGGAAACGAUCUUUUGGGCAGCCAUUACUUAUUACGGCACAAUCGUGUACUUUCAUCUGUGCUUCAAAGACACCCUAGCCAAAGGACUGCAGGGUGCGGGGAUGAUGACCCUGCAUGAUGCCGUUUCCCAGGUUCUGGAACUUUCUUUGAAGCUACAUCGCAGCAGACCGCACUUGAUGGUGCGCAUCACGUGGCCUCUCUUCAUCGCGGGGAUUGCCACGUCGGACAGGAUAUACCAAGACUGGGUGUCGUUUCGGCUGCGUGAGCUUGGUCGCUAUGGGCUCAACUACAGCCGAGUCAGCGCACGGUUUGACGAGAUCAUCCAAGGAGGCGACCCAUUUGCGCACGGACGAAGGCCAUUGUGCGCACAGUAG